UGGAGAGGCGGCGGUGGAUGCAGCAGCGAUGGAACCAAUUCUCUUUCUGAGAAUCAGUGCGAGGAAAGGGAGAAGAGCUGCGUUAUCUUAGGGAAACCAUAUCGCUCUCCCCCUUCCGCGAGUAGGUAGUGUGUGGGGUGUGUGCGGGGCCCAUGGAGAGACGCUGGUGGCGGCUGCAGUGGCAGCUGGGGCUCCUACUGAGGCUGCAGCCGGCAGUAACCCGACCCCGCCGGCGCGGGGACUGAAGAGGCGCGAGGGAGAGCGGCGAGCUGCUAACAAAAGCCCUCCGCGCAGGGCCAGAUCCCAGGACGUGCGAGACCCCACAAAAGGACACGUUUCCGCUAUGGUGGACCCCAUACCUGGAGAGGAGAAGGCGGGAGCCGAGGCUGGAGGCUCCGGAGGAAACGGAGCCGCCGCGUCCGUGCCCCCUGGCGCCCAAGGAGCCGAGCAGCCCGCGGCCCCUUCGGCCUCGGCCUCCGCGGCGGUGCCCCGCAAAGCUGAAGUCCCAUGCGCAACAGAAGGCGGGCGGCGGGAGCAGUCCCCGCUGCUGCACCUCGACCUCUUCAACUUCGACUGUCCGGAGGCUGAGGGCAGCCGCUACGUGCUGACCAGCCCCCGCUCGCUCGAGGCCUGCGCCCGCUGCGCCGUCAAACCAGUGGAGCUGCUGCCACGGGCCCUGGCCGACCUGGUACGCGAGGCCCCAGGCCGCUCCAUGCGAGUGGCCACCGGCCUGUACGAGGCUUACGAGGCGGAGCGGCGCGCCAAGCUGCAGCAGUGCCGGGCCGAGCGCGAGCGCAUCGUGCGCGAGGAGAAGCGGCGCCUCUUCACGCCCUUGGGCCACGCGGCCGCCGCGGCCUCCGCGGCCUCGGCCCCCAGCGCGGGCAGCAGCAGCAGCUGCAGCAGCGCCAGCCUCCCGGCCUCGCCCGCGCCGCGUGCGGCCCGCAAGGCAUCCUCCAGUCCGUCCCCGGCUCGGCCCCAGCCUCCGCCCCCGGGCUCGCGGGCUGGUAGAAAAAGCCACUCACUGGACUCACUGUCCCGCCGGCGUGAGGGCGCCCUCAGUUCUGAGUCCGGCGCGUCGUCAUCAUCCUACAGCGGGGAGAGCCUGCGGGAGCUGCGCUGGCCACCACGGGCGUCGGCCAGGAGCAGCUGCCCCGCGGGAUCCUUGUCCUCUGCCCCCAACCCUCUGGGCCGCCCCUCUGCCCUGGCCCUGGUGCCGCUCACGGCCCGCAGCUUCAGCCUGGGCGAUCUGAGCCACUCGCCGCAGACAGCUAAGCAUGUGGAGCGCAUCGUGCGCCAAGUGCGCGCCGAGCGGGGCCUGCGCGGGGUCCCGGAGCGCGACCGAAAGAUCGCGGCGCUGAUGCUGGCGCGACACCAGGAGGAGCGCCUGUUGCUGGAGCAGCGCGCCGCGGCCCACGGCCAAUGGGAGCAGCAGCGCGUGUGCGCCGAGCAGCGCCGGGAGCGCGAGGAGCGCGAGAAGCAGCGCGUCCUGGAGCAGGGCCGUCGGGCCUGGGCCGCGCAGGUGGAGGAGCGGCGCGGCCGCCGGGGUCGCGAGGAGCGCGAGACGGCACGGCGACGACAGCAGCAAUGCGAGCUUAGCGAGGAGCGGCGCCGGGCGCUGGCCGAGCGCCAGAGCCUGCUGCGGCGGGAGCGGGCUGAGCGCGCGGCCCGGGAGGACCGGUUGCGCAAGCUGCAGCAGGAGCAGAACCUGAAGCAGCGGGAGGAAGGCCUGCAGGAAGGGCGCGAGCGGGCCGAGCAAGUCCGCCGAGAGCGCGCCCAGCGCGUGGCUUGUACCAAGCAGCGGCAGGAGGGCCAACUGCAGCGGGAGAAGCGGAAACUGAGCAGGGCCGAGCAGGCGCGCCACCGGGCGCUCCUUCAAGGCCGGGCCCGCCAGGAGCACGAGGAGCGCGAGGGCCUGCGGAGCUCGCUGGAGGCCAGCUUGGGUCGCGCGCAGGAGAACUACGAGCACUUGGUGGAGCAGCGUACCCGGGAGUUGCGGGAGCGGGCCCGGAGGGAGGAGCUGCAGGGUCGGCGGGCCAAGGAGGCGGCGGAGCGCAAAGAUCGCGAGCAUCAGGCGCACCUGGAGGCGCUGGCCCGGGCCGGCGAACGGCGGCUGCAGCACGCGACGCAGGUGGCGGAGGAGGCGGUGCAGCAGAAGGCGCGGCGCGUGGGACAGAGCCGUUUGGAGAAGGAGCGAGCCCAGCGUGCCAAAAAGGAGAAGGUGGAGAGGGACGAAGACUGCCGCCGGCGGGAGCUGCUCCAAGCCAUCGGGCGCAAGCUGGAGCGCAGCGAGCAGCUGUCACGGGAGCGGCGUAGCGCGCUGGAGAGCGCACGCUCCACAGCCCGGGCCUCCUUCCACGUGCGCGAGAAGGUGCGCGAGGAAACCAACACGCGCUCCUUCGACCGCAUGGUGCGGGAGGCCCAGCUGAACGCCAGCCUGGACCGCAAAUGACUGACACCUGGCGAGGGCCAGACUGCCACGCUCAGCCCUGCGGGGCAUCCCCUUGGCCACUUUGACCAAACCUUGGGAGUCCUCCGUUGGGUCGCAGCACAUACACCUCUCGAAUUUUCCGACCAAUAAGGCAAUAAGAGGACUAACAUGCCAGACCUGUCAUCUCGCAACCUUUGUUUUUAAAAACUGACUUCGUACGGAAAUGACAAAGCACAAUCUUUGACCAUAUCCACCCAUAGUGGGAGCUCUGGCACCGGCUUUUGCCAAGCUAUCUUGUGUGUCUUUUUGGUUGGAAUAGAAAAGAGCUGGGAGACAGGGGCUGG